CGGAUAACAUCUAUUUUCUUCUAGAUGGUCAAUUCGUCGGUUGAACACCGACUUUGGAACACUCCGACCAUCGUGCCCUCAAUUCUAAGAACCCAAAGCGUGGAGGAUAAGCACAAGUAUGUCGGUUACAGACGAGCAAUUAAUUGUUAGGCUGCGGGCGCUUCUUGGGGAGAGCGACCUGCAGACGACAACAGAGAAAAUGUUGCGGAAAAAGCUGGAAGAAGAGUUUAAGAUAGAUUUGACGGACAAAAAGCUGAUAAUUCGGAAUGAGAUCGAGAAAUACUUGGAGGAGCAAGCAGGUAGCGAUGAGGACGAACACGAAGAUGGCAGCGGGGACGGCGACGACAGCACCCCGGCCCGGGGAUCAUCACUCGGCUGUUUACUCUCGGAGCCCCUACAAAAGUUCCUUGGCGAGGAAAGCCUGCCGCGCACCCAAGUGGUCAAACGCCUCUGGGAUUACAUCAAAGCCAACAACCUUCAGGACCCGAAAGACCGACGACGAAUCUUGCUGGAUGACAAGCUGCGCACGUUAUUCACAGCACCGCUUACCAUGUUCUCCAUCAACUCACAGCUCAGUCGGCACUGCAAGACACUGGAUGCGGAGGAGCCCCGACCACGAGCCGCCAAGUCAUCCGGGGACAAGCGCCCCAGCAGCGACAAGCCCAAAUCGGGCAGCGACAAGCCCAAGGCCAAGAAGGCCAAGACCGGCGACGGCGAAGGGGGGGAUGCCGGGGAGCGCAAGAAUAACAACUUCAACAAACCGUUGCGGUUAUCCAAGGACCUUGCGAGCUGGUGUGGGGCGGACACGAUGGGUCGAUCCGACCUUACCAAGUUCUUCUGGGCUUACGUCAAGGAACAUAAGCUGCAGGAUCCUUCCAACAAGCAGUAUAUUUUGUGUGACGCCCAUCUAAAGAAAGUCACAGGCGAAAGUCGUAUCCAGGCAUUCGCCAUUCAGAAGUACUUGGCAGGUCACAUUAUCAAGGACUAG